UGAAAGCGGAGGUAUGGGGCCGGGGCGCCAAGCUCAGUGGGAUUCCCCUGCCCGGAACUCCCUUCCAAACUUCCGACCCCAACUCGGACGCCCGGUCUCCUGUGAUUACCCCGCGAAGCGGUUUGUUCAUUUCCACCCGCCCUUCUUCAGCAAUCACCAUCAGUACCAUCCACCUGCAAUGGCUACCAGAGUAGGUAGAGUCGAUCUUUGGUCGCAAAUUCUCGAAGCGGAUGACAGGGGAGGGGAAGAAAGAGACGCCUUGAGGAUUGGCGUUAUCUACAGAAGGAAGUCGGCCAAGCAAACCGGCAAGGAUGUUCAAGUGCCCGAGGACGUGGGUCGGAGGAGAGGAAUGGUGGGAAGGAGAAUCAGCUUGAUGCACCGUUCCCUUUCUACAAGAGGGAGGACGAGCAUUACAAUUUCAGAAAAUGAAAGCUAUAAGUCACAGUUUAUGAGACAGGAUCCUAAGAGGAAACCAAAACAAGCUGCUGGCAAUAAGAAAAAUAUUCAGCUAAUCCAGGAGUUUGUAACAGAGCAAGCUGCCUUUUUUAAAGAGGUUGAUUCCUUUGAUUUAGUAGAAGAAAGUCCCUCCCCCAAAAAUCUUGGACGAUGGGUUCAGGAACCUGGGGAAAAGCAAAUGCGUUUACAAGAUAUGAGAUCAGCUUUUCAUCCCGUUUUAAGAAAAUGGCUCCGUAAACAACCAGUUAGUUAUGGUUCAGCUUCCUUGACAGAUAUACUGGAAAGCCAGUUGACUCCUAAGCAUGAUCUUGGAGAUGCAGAAUCAUCUGAAGUGAGUGAUUCCUGUUCAGACAAAUUGAUGCACCAGUGUAGCAAUUCAAUUUCUCUGGGAUGUGGCAAAACAGGAGAAGAAAAUAGUCCUUCAAUAGACAAUAUCAUCAGAAGCAGCAGCAUUGUUGCUCAGAGCAAGGGCAAAGGAAAUGUCAAGAAGGUUCAAGAUGUUACAGAAAAUGGGGAAUGUGAAAAUGAUGAGAAAGAAAUAGAAGUGGCUGUUGAAAGAUUGUCCUUGUAUUCUUCAUCAUCAUCAUCCUGCCAACAUGUGAAUGCAUUCACCAAACUUCUAAAAUUAUGUGGGCAGUCAUCUCCCUCAACACUGUCAGAUGCAUUUUCUGAGUUCUGUCAUAUAACCAACAUAUCAAAAAUUGGAGAAGGUACAUAUGGUGAAGCCUUCAGGGGUGGUGGCUGUGUCUUCAAGAUAGUGCCCAUAGAUGGAGACUUCCUGGUAAAUGGGGAAGUUCAAAAGAGGUCUUCUGAACUGCUUGAAGAGGUUCUCCUUUCUCUUGCUUUAAAUUCACUAAGAGGACACCUAGGUGAAGAGAACAAGAAAAAUACAUGCAAAAAUUUCAUAGAAACAAAAGGAAUACGGGUAUGCCAAGGUGCUUAUGAGGAGUUUCUAAUCAAAGCAUGGCAAGAUUGGGAUCUAAAACACACAUCGGAGAAUGACCAUCCGGAGUCCUUCCCUAAGCAACAGUGCUAUGUGGUCUUCAUUCUAGAAGAUGGUGGCAAGGAUCUAGAGAGUUUUGUGCUCAAAAACUUUGAUGAAGCUCGAAGCCUCUUGAUACAAGUUACUGCUGCCUUAGCUGUUGCAGAGGUGGCUUGUGAGUUUGAACAUCGUGAUCUACACUGGGGCAACAUACUCUUAUCUCAUAAUUCAGAUGAAACAGUGGAAUUUGUUUUCAAAGGACAACAACUGCACGCCAGAACAUUUGGGCUCUCUAUAUCGAUAAUAGAUUUUACGCUUUCUAGGAUGAACAAUGGAAACUCUAUACUAUUUAUGGAUCUAGCUAGUGACCCAGCACUCUUCGAGGGUCCAAAAGGAGACAAACAGUCAGAAACAUACAGAAAGAUGUUAGAAGUAACCCAUGGAUGUUGGGAAGAGAGUUUUCCAAAGACGAACGUGCUGUGGUUGCAGUACCUGGUGGACGUUUUGCUCACAAAGAAAACCUUUGGCCAAACAACCAAGGAUGAACGAGAGCUCAGGUCGUUGAAGAAACGCUUACUCUCUUGCAAUUCAGCAGAGGAUGCGCUCACGGACAGUUUCUUUGAACCUUUAUGGAUUGAAGACCACAGCCCUGACAUAUCAAAAAAAUGAGAGAGAGAGAGAGAGAUCGGACUCCUGAGUUUAUGAAAUUUCACACGGCCUCUGCUAAGCAUUGGUUGUUGGAAAACCCAUACAAGACGGUUGCAGACGCUCUUGGAUGCGAUCAACCUAUGGCAAUAUAUCUUGUUCCCAAUUGAACUGUAUGAUGGGCGAGUGCAACAAAUUGGCUUUUGGUCAGGACGAGCCAUCUUUCUUUCCCCUUCCUUUGUCCCAGUAGAAAGUUGGAGGUGGAGCCAUAAACUAGGAGUCGCCUUAUCGUAAUUUUAAAUGGCUGCCAUCUCACUCUUGUGUAUAUGUGUAUGACUAACUUUUAUUGACCAGAAGUUGUAGAAUAUAUUGCAGGUCCCGCUUCAAUA